CACUCAACAAUUACUUCGAUGUUUUUUUUUCAACAGUGUGCAAAGUCACUUUUGUCUUUUAUUAGUGCAAAAAUAUUUUUAAAUAAAUGGAAUUGGAUGUGAUUAUGUUCUCUAGUAGUUAUGUAUUUUAUACAUAACAUAACCUCCGACUUGGUUGACUUGUACUAUUUUGCUUAUUAAUCAAUACUGAAUUUCAGUGAAACUAAAUUGGGACUAAUUGAAGAUUAACAUUUUAUUUAUAAUGUGACUGUAUAUGAGGAACAAUGAGCUGGUUCGAUGCAGCAGGAUUUGCCAACCUGGCCAAGUCUGCACUUAAGGAAGCACAGAAAACAAUAGACAAAGCACUGGAUAUUAAAGAAGAGGAACAGAAAGUGAUACAGGCAUCACCAGCCGACACUACAGACUUUUUUGCAACAUGGGGCCUUAAAAGCGAAGAAGAACAGCAAGAUGCGAAAGAUAAGCCUUCUGAUCAAAAGCAACAAACAAGCAUAUGGGGUAGUUUUACAGGAUCCUUCUUUGAUAACCCAAAACUUGAACAAGACUCAUCAAAUACUGUCAAACAUUCAAAAUCACUGCAAGAAGCGUUCAGUGAGGAUUUAGAAACAUCACAAAUUGUAACAUCGAUUUCUGUUCCUGAGAGUUUAUUGAACCAAAGCAGCAGUAUAUCUAAAUCCGGAGUUGAUUCUGAAUCCACGGAUGUUUUAAACGAACUUACAGCAUCAGUGCUGCUAUCAAAGGACACCUUAGAGUAUCCUGUACAAGAUGUUUCAAAAGAAUUAUGCAGCUAUGAUGCUAAUACUUCAAGUGAUCUAUGUCCCUUCAACAGAAAGGAAACCGCGACCAAGUCACGGAACCGCGAAAGAAGUAAUCCUGUGAAGAAGGCGAACAGUUUAGAGGAAUGUGAUCUUUUCGAGACCACCGAGGAGCAUGAGGGCUUUGAAAGACGCCGAAGUAAUGACGAAACCGGUUACGAAAAUGAUAGCAAAAUAAACGAAAUUAAACGACGCGAAUUAAGUGCAAAUCAUACGUUAAACCGAAUAUCCGUGAUAUCUUCAGAGAGCGACAAAAAGAGUUCUGAGAGUGUUGAAGUUUUAGGCUCCCGGUCUACUAGUGAUACAGAUUGUACGACUACCCCAGAAUCUGAUAUAAACUCUGUAAGUAAUUCUAUAAGCUCUUCUGCAAUGGGUCUGAAAGUGAAUUCGGAGUCUGUAGAGGUCCUACCAGAUAGUCUGGUAACAUCACCAAGUUCUGUCGAGAUCUUAUGUGACUGGAAGAGUGACAGUAGUCCAUUCGUCUCACCAAUGGAUCAAAAACAAUUUGACGCCAGUCCAAAUCCUGUCAGAGGUGAGUCUGUUACUCCAUCCGUAGACCCUAAAAAUGAACUGCUGCCACAAGACAAUGAAGAACGAAAUAUCGCUUCAUGUUCGGACAUCUCGCCGUAUGAAUCACCUCUUGAGGAGACUAAGACUUUAAAUAUUAGUCCCUGUCCUGAUAAUGCUUCUGUACUCUCAUCUAGUAUAUCUCCAGUAUCGCCUACUCAGCCAGAUUUGUCUCAAGUAGAAAGUAAUAAGGUAUCUCCGGAGAGUGUAGAAGUUAUACCUGAUAUCGAUGAAUCUGACGAAGUGAGUCUAGCUGAGGAUUCAUACACCUCAGCUUCGGAGAGUACAGUAAUGACUGUAAUGGAGACAUUCCAGCAAUUGGAUCCAACAAAAACAAAAAUAGACCUUGUAGACAGGAACUUGAAGAUGCAUGAUUCUUGUCCAGAUAGUAGGCAAAUAUUAAUGAAACCUGGUGAAGACAAUCAGCUGAAUCUUAGCUUAGAUUCUCUGAAGGAGAAGCAUAAUCUGCAUUUGCCACUGGAACCAAUAACAACACAGCCAAUUCGCAAAGCGGAAAAUCUUGAAAGUGUCAACAAAGUACCGGAAGUAAAUCCUUUCGAUCAGCUUAAAUGCUCCACCAUUGAGCCACCAGAUCCGGAAACCUUCCGCGACAGUGAAAACCAAUUGCAAAAGGCUGAAACGAUCGACGUUCAAGAUCAAUAUUUGAUGCUAACUGAUUCAAGUUGCGAGGGCACAUUAAUUGAGAGUAGCUCAGAGGAUAAUGCGACCUUGAUUUGUGAGCCUGAAACAAAAAUUACAGAGACACCAUUAACUGCUAGUUCGUACGUGAAAAAUAUGCUGGCAGAUGCGAUGGUUGAAAAGGGUGAAAUAAUUGAUUUAGAAAGACACUGUAUGGAAGUGCCUAGAGAAAAUUCACCAAUAUCUUCAGAAAGCCGUUCGGAUUUGGUAAAAAUUGGGUCUGAUCAAACAAGUGGGCAUACAAGUGGCGAUGAAUUAGAAACUACAACGUCAAGCGAUAUUGAAAUAAUAUCCAGGUACAGUCCAAAUGGAGAUUCGAGUUCUACUCAGUCACGACAAAGUCCAGCGAAAUUGCAGUUGAACAAGAGUAGUGAUCUUCUUACAAAAACUCUAAACAAGACAAGAGGGCAUUCGCGUGAGCUCAGUGAAAUUAGUGUGGGUUCGGAUGAUGCUAAUUUGGAAAUUGAAAAAUUGUUGAAACGUAUCCAGGAAAUGACGGAGAUUUUAGAAGCUCGCGAGUCUAAGUUGAUUGACAUCAGUCGCAUGAAUAUGGAAUUGCAUGAUCAAAAUAAUAAUCUUAAAAAGAAACUGGAUAAUAUUGAGAAAUGUGCUGAACAAAAUCAAGAACUGACACAAAUAACGGAUGAAUACACGCAAAGACUAUCCGCACUGGAACGUAAGUUCCAGCAGGCGAUACGCGAGCGUGAUACCCUGAGGAAACACGUGGAGCAGUUGAAGCAAGAGGCAGCUACGCGUCUCUCAUCUCAGGAAAUAUCUACAAUAAAUGCAGAGAAAGAUGAGAUCAUUCGGGAGUUGCGUGAGGAGGGUGAAAAGUUAAGCAAGCAGCAACUUCAGCAUAGUAAUAUCAUUAAGAAGUUGCGAAUUAAGGAGAAGGAGAACGAUGUUACUAUUAAGAACCAGAAGGAGCAAAUAGAGGAACAGACUUUAGAAUUGGAUAGAUUGAAGCGGUCACUCUAUGCCAAGGAAGAAGUGGAGCGAAGUCAGAUCGAAGCAGUGCAUAUGCUAACAGCGAAAACAAAAAAGCAAGAAAAAGAAAUACUGAGCUUGCAAGAAAGAUUAGACGAUGCUUUACAAAAAAUGGAUACGUACAAGAGAAGUUUGGACGCGGCUAAAACAGAGCUUGCCGACACAAAAGACCAUCUGAGUGCAAUCGAAGAAGAUCUAAAAGAGGCUGUCGACAAUGCUGGUGAGUCUUGUCAACUUUCAGCUCAGAUUGAAGACUUGAAGAUGAGACUACGUCAAACAAAGGAAGCACACAUCAAGCGCGAAGAAUCUUUAAAGCAAGAGAACAUUGAGCUGUUGAAACGUUUAGAAGCCGCUGAAGCUCGUAGCGAGGAAUUAUCAGAGUCAGUAUCAAUGGCUACAAAACCAAUGCUAAGACAAUUGGAACAAUUGCAAAGCAGUUUAUCUCAUAAGUCAACAACAUUCAUGAAGCAAGAGAAAACAAUGUCCGAGAAGAUAAUUGAGCUACAGACAAAAUUAGAUAGUCUAAUUGAGGUGGACCGUUCGUUAAAAGAAGAAAAUGUUAGUUUAAAAUCUAAAGUGUCCGUUCUAGAAUCAAAGUUUAACGCUAAGGAGGCAGAACGUGUAAAAUUGGAAGCUUUGUACGAGCAAAUAAAACAGAAAAGUGAAAAGAUUACCGAAGAAAAUGAAAUGCAACGGCAGAUGAUAGAAACACUUGAGCAGUCACACUCUAAUAAAGUAAAGGAACUAAAACGCGAGAUUAAUUCAUUGGAGAACAAACUUUCCAUGGAAAGAGCAGCAACCGAUGCUGAGAAAAGAAAAAAUAAUGCUAUGUUGGAGCAGCAACAGAGUGUCGAAGAGGAAUUAAGGCUUAGUCCUACGCUGAGUAUUGGAAGAGAUUCUAUAGGAAGUACAAAUAGUGUAUGGCCAGCUUUCAAUGAUUCAGUCUUCGACACAAGUUCUGGAAGAUUCCCCAAUGUAUAUGACAGCAUCAGAUCAGGUUCGACAAGUACUUCAAUGUUUGAGAAUCUGCAAGCGCAACUAAAACAGCGUGACGGUGAAGUGCAGCAGCUCCAAUGGGAAUUGUCACGUCGCAACGUCGAAAGAGAUACUCUCAAUAUGGAACUGUCGACACUGGCGUUGAAAGUUGAAGAAUUGACUGCAAAAGUAUCUGAAGUUGAAACCUUGAAUGAGAAUUUAAAUGACAUUCAAACAAAGUACGACGCUCUGUUGCAAAUGUAUGGAGAGAAGGUAGAAGAGAAUCAGGAGUUACGAUUAGAUCUACAAGAUGUCAAAGAUAUGUAUAAAAGUCAGAUUGAUCAGUUACUUAAGAGGGAUGCUUAGAAUUUCAUCAAACUAUCUGUUGGGUCAUGGAGUACUUUUAAACUGUAUUUUACACGUGCACGAAACAGUGUGAGAAAUAUUCCAAUAACAGGGAUUUUCUGACACACAUGCUGAAGGAUAAUAAUCGACUGUGGCUGAAAGUCAAGGUAUAUAUUAUUUAUUGUGUAUAAAUUUUAUCCAACGAUGGAGAAGGUAGGAACCAGUGUAACGAUUUAAAUUGUCGAAUCGAAAUUUUGUAAAUCAAUUAAUAUUAUAUUUUCUCGCUAAGGAUUUAGUGAAUCGCGGUGCUGGAGUAUAAUAAGAAACACGCAAUUUGCCAUAUAAGAUGAUCAUUAAACAACUUUAAUAUUUCUUAUAAAUAUCAUCGUUUCAUUGCAUAGAUUAAUUUUUCCAAGGAUUCACUGUGGCUUUGAUUUUGUUCUAUCCAAUUCAUUUACCUCGUCUAGUGUCGCGUGUUCAAGUUUUCUUUUUGUUCCAAAAAACAAUAGGCUAACUUUGUAAAACAUUUGUUUGUCCAAUAACUUUAAAAAAAUAUUUCUUAACCGUGGUAUUAUGUUUUCAGUUGAUAGAAGUAGUCCCAUUUAUAUAAAGAAAUAUAGUACCAAUCGAGGUCGAAAAAGACCUAUAAUAUCAAUGAACAAUUUUUAACGAGAGCUAAACUUUCAAAAUUUCAUUGAAAGAUCAAUCCUGUAAAUAAGUGGAAAACGUAUGCGCGUAAGUUAUCGUUCAACGAGAAUCGUAAUACAAGAGGAAAUUUAUACUGAAAAGAGUGGUUGGUAUAAUUUUUUUUAAUAAUCAGCGCACUCACUGCGUUUUCUUAGUAAAAAUUCAAGUAAAAGUGAUUAAUAAUGAUUAGAAGUCGACUAGUGUAUUAUGUACCAAUUAAGAAACUUUCUAAAAUCCAAUAUAUGAAUCGAUUAUCACGAAUUACACUGUCAAGUAGAAAUUCAUGUCAAAGCAUACAUACGUUACCAUAUGUACGAUAGAUUAAAAAACAUCUCGAGUCAUAGAAACAUUGUUAAAACGAUAAAAGAUUUGUAUUGAUCAAGCGAAUGUGCACAACGUUUCACCAAAUGGGCAGGUGUUGUAUAUUCGCUUUGCUGGGAGAAAAAUGGGACAAUGUGAUAUGAAAUGUAUUAUAAUAUCUAAUUACUGUAAUAUGCCGUUAAUUAAAUACAUUUGAAAGGAA